GCGGCGGGGUUCGUGCUGCCGUGAGUCCUGGCUGCUGGGGGCACGCCGGUGGGUGCUGGAAUUCGAUGGGACGGGGCAGCAGUGGGGGCUGGGGAUCCGGGAUUGAAGUGGGACAGUGCCUGGAGAGGGACAUGGAAAUACCGGGGGCUCUCCUCCCCAGCUGCUGCAGGGGGCUCUGGGUGCUGGGGGGCUCUGUGGAUGCUGUGGAUGCUGCUGGGUUCUGUGUCUGUACAGGCACUCGGUGGUCCUUGACUCCUGCGGGUCCCUGGCUAUUGGGGGACCCCAACUUCAGCCCCCAAAAUGUUCCAGGCUCCGCUGGGGCCGGGAGGAGGGCUCUGAGCCCCCCUCCAUCCGCGGCUGCCGGGGGAGGGACGAUCAGCCCCCGGCAUCCGGUACCCGGCGCGGCCCCRGGCGGGCGGUGCCGUGCGGUGAGCGGCUCUCGGCACGUCCUGCGAGCGGGGACAGAGCCACCAGCGCCGGGCCAUGGCCAGGACAAGGACCCUGGGUGCCUGGGCACUGCUGGCCAGCCUGGCCCUGGCCACCUGGGGGGUYCGAGGGCAGAAAAUAAACGUGAAGGAAUUCAGCGGGAAGGUGUUCCUGGAAUGCGUGCGAGGCCCAGGAAACGCCAACAUCACCUGGUGGAAGGACGGGAACGCUGUUGGGAACGAAGCUCAGCUGGACCUGAGCUCGGCUUACGACGAUCCCAGGGGGCUGUACACGUGUGAGACAGGGAAAAGCAGGAAAAGCCUCCAGGUGCACUAUCGCAUGUGCCAGAACUGCAUCCAAGUGGACGCUCCCACCAUCUCGGGCAUCGUCAUCGCCGACGUGGUGGCCACGCUGUUUCUGGCAGUGGCCGUGUACUGCGUCACCGGCCACGAGAGGGGACACCCGUCGCGAGCCUCUGACAGGCAGAACCUGAUCGGCAACGAG